GUUCGGAACAGCAGAUGCUCUUCCAGUUGCGGAUGAGAGUGCAGACCUAGUAUCUGCCUCGAAUGCUGCACAUUGGUUUGAAGACAUUGAUGGAUUUUAUCGAGAAGUAAACAGAGUCCUUAAACCAAAUGGCUGUCUGGCUAUAUAUGGCGUGUCGAAUAUUCACAUCUGUCCUGAUAGCAAGAGUGAUGAGUUACAAACAAUGAUCGAUGAGUUUUAUUAUGUAACACUGAACGACUUCUGGACAGAGAAUUGCAUCAAACUACAUAAAAAUUAUUAUGGUUUUUAUCAUCCCCCAUUUCAAGUAGUUAAAAGACACGAUUGGAUACCAUUGCACGUGCGUGGCACAGUGUCUGAUGUUAUUGGUUAUUUACGUUCCCUCACUCCCUGUCAUAAAUAUAUCAAAGUUAAUCCACAAAGCAAUGUGUUGCAAGAGCUUGAAGACAGAAGAUCAGCAAAAAAAGACAACAGUCAAAAUAAACUACCUGAUGAACCAUCUCAAGAUCCACCCGCUGCUGCAGAUACUAGUUCAGCUGAGAAAAUAGAACCUGUUCCACCUAAAGAUGGAGCUUACCAGGAGAGCUCAGCACCAAAACCUGUAGCUACACCGACCAGAAGAAGAAGGACGGCAGCCGUACCAAAUCUAGGAAAACCAAGAGUAAGGCAGAGAGCGGAAAAACCUCUAACUGCUGACAAAGAAGAGAAAAAUUGCCAUGAGAGUAAUAGCUUACAAGAUCCCCCUCCAGUAACUAGAUUAGCGAAGACAAUUGUGAGGCCAUCAGAGAAAACGAGUACAACUAAAGCUGUCCGAUCAGCAAGUAUAGAAAAAUUAGUAGUGCCGUCCAGUACAUCAUCUAUGCAGGUGGGUAGCAUGAGACCACCGUCGACACCAACAAGAGGAGAGAGACACAGUGAGAAGCGGAUCGUCACGCCGAUUAUCCAUGAUAGAAGAAUUCGAGACAUGAGGGACAUUGAAAAAGAACAGGAGACACCAGCAAAAAGAAGAAAGCGUUACGUUAAAUCGCAGUGUCCUGACAGAAACAAGAUGACAAUGUCUGAUCUAAUCUACUAUAAUCCCAAAAAUAAUCCCAUGAAGUAA